AUGGCGGUCUCUGCUAAAACCCCAACAAUCCCUCUCCACCAAGACCAUCCCUACUCUUGUCCGUCCAAAAUUCACAAGCCCAAAGUCCUAAAUUUCUCUUAUAUCCUCCAAACCCACAGAUUUUCACUCAGAAAACACCAUGAAAUCUCAGUCCUCAGUCCCAAUUCCAUCAGUGUCACAGACCCAAACUCACACAUACACGAACUUUGCCUUCAGGGUCACUUAGAACAAGCAAUAAAACAUUUAGAAUCAAUCCUAGGCCCCGAAAUUAAUAUCGAAGAAGAAACUUUUAUAGCUCUUAUUAGGCUGUGUGAGUGGAAACGAGCAGCUAAUGAAGGGUCGAAAUUAUACUUGUAUAUAUCGAAAUCAAUGAACCGGCUGAGCCUUAGACUUGGUAAUGCUUUGUUGAGCAUGUUUGUGAGAUUGUGUAAUCUCGGUGAUGCUUGGUAUGUCUUUGGGAAAAUGGAGGAGAGAGAUGUGUUUUCUUGGAAUGUUUUGGUUGGUGGGUACGCCAAAAAUGGGUACUUCGAUGAAGCUUUAAAUCUGUAUCAUAGAAUGCUAUGGGUGGGGAUUAGACCUGAUGUGUAUACUUUUCCUUGCGUGUUGAGGACUUGUGGGGGUGUACCGGAUUUGCAAAGGGGUAAAGAGGUUCAUGUCCACGUGAUUAGGUAUGGUUUCGAGUCGGAUGUUGAUGUGGUUAAUGCUUUGAUAACUAUGUAUGUGAAGUGUGGUGAUGUGGGUAGUGCAAGGGCGGUGUUUGAUAGAAUGCCUAAAAGAGAUAGGAUUUCUUGGAAUGCAAUGAUUUCGGGGUAUUCUGAGAAUAGGGAGUUUUUGGAAGGGUUGACAUUGUUUGUUUCAAUGCGGGAAUGUUUGGUUGAUCCAGAUUUGAUGACCAUGACUAGUGUGAUCGCAGCGUGUGAGGAGCUUGGUGAUGAGAGGUUGGGGAAGGCAAUUCAUGGGUAUGUGGUGAAAACCGAGUUUGGGGCUGAUGUAUCUGUUGAUAAUGCAUUGAUUCAAAUGUAUUUGAGCUUUGGCAAUUGUGAGGAAGCCGAACAGGUUUUCAGCAGAAUUGAGACUAAAGAUGUGGUAUCAUGGACGGCAAUGAUUUCGGGUUUUGAGAAUUAUGGAUUGCCUGAAAAAGCUGUGGAAACUUAUGAAAGGAUGGAGCUUAAUGGUGUCAUGCCAGAUGAAAUCACUAUUGCUAGCAUUCUAUCUGCGUGUGCUUCUUUAGGGCUUUUAGAUAUGGGUAUUAAGCUUCAUGAGUUUGCCAAAAGGAUGGGACAUAUAUCAUACACUAUUGUCACCAACACUCUCAUUGAUUUGUAUUCGAAGUGUAGAUGCAUUGAUAAGGCUUUGGAAGUUUUCCACUGGAUUCCAGAUAAGAAUGUGAUAUCUUGGACAUCAAUCAUCCUUGGACUUCGGAUCAACGACCGAAGCUUUGAGGCGUUGAUUUAUUUUAGGCAAAUGAAACUGAGUUUACACCCAAAUUCAGUUACCUUGGUCUCUGUCCUCUCUGCGUGUUCUAGGAUUGGAUCUUUAAUGUGUGGAAAGGAGAUCCAUGCUCAUGCAUUGAGGAAUGGAUUAGGGUUUGAUGGUUAUCUGCCUAAUGCACUCCUAGAUAUGUAUGUAAGGUGUGGAAGGAUGGGGCCUGCAUGGAACCAAUUUAACACCCAGAAAAAAGACACAGCUUCUUGGAAUGUUUUGCUGACGGGAUAUGCCCAGUUGGGGCGAGGAGCACUUGCUAUUGAGCUCUUUGAUAGGAUGAUAAAUUCAGAGCUAAAGCCAGAUGAGAUUACAUUUAUUUCUCUAUUAUGUGCUUGUAGUAGAUCUGGGAUGGUGACUGAAGGUUUGGAGUAUUUUAAUAGCAUGGAGCAUAAGUAUAAUGUUGCUCCAAAUCUGAAGCAUUAUGCUUGCGUAGUGGAUUUACUUGGACGUGCAGGAAAACUGAAGGAUGCUCAUGAGUUCAUACAGAAAAUGACUAUAAAACCAGAUCCAGCCAUAUGGGGAGCCUUACUGAAUGCAUGUCGGAUCCACAGGCAGGUUGAACUAGGGGAGCUUGCAGCUCGACACAUUCUAGAAAUGGAUGUAAUGAGUGUUGGGUAUUAUGUUCUCUUGUGUGAUUUAUAUUCUGACAGUGGAAAAUGGGAUGCAGUUGCAAGAUUGAGGAAGAUAAUGAGUGAGAAAGGGCUUAUUGUUGAUCCUGGAUGCAGUUGGGUGGAAGUCAAGGGAAAAGUGCAUGCCUUCCUCAGUGGUGAUAAUUUUCACCCUCAAAUAGAGAAAAUAAUUGGAGUUUUGGAUGGAUUUUAUGAGAAAAUGAAGUCAGCCGGUUUCAGUGAGCCAGAAAGAAUCUCUGUAGGUGAGAUUGAAGCUUCAAAAGCUGAGCUUUUUUGCGGACACAGUGAGAGAUUGGCUGUUGCAUUUGGGCUCAUAAAUACUGUCCCUGGGACGCCUAUUUGGGUGACAAAGAAUCUCUACAUGUGUGAACGCUGUCAUAAUACCAUUAAAUUUAUCUCUAAGGUUGUUCGGAGAGAGAUUUCUGUUAGAGAUACUGAACAUUUCCACCAUUUUAAGGAUGGUGUCUGCUCCUGUGGAGAUGAGGGUUACUGGGAAAUAACUUGA